GUGUCCUGCUGACAGGGCCAGGUGGAGUCGGCUGGCAUCUCCUUGUCCCCGUGUCCCCUGGGGCGUGUGGGGGGAGCGUAAGAACUGGCUAGUCUUCUCGAGCCUGGCGCUGGUCCGUGGCUCUCAGUGCCUCCUGGUUCCCACCCACAUCAGACCCAGCUGUGCAUCUCCAGCACCGCCGAGUCAGUUCCCUGCUCUGGGCACCUUCCUGUCCUCUCCUUUGCUCAUCCUGAGCCACGGUGGCAGUGCCAGGCUGGACAGAGGCCCCCAGGCACCGGGGAGCUGGGAGCUCCAUGCCCUGCAGACCCUCUGAGUGGACGCACCUGGAGGCCAGUCUCUGGCGGGGCAGGAGGCGCUGUGAGGGCCAGGUGGGCCCCUGAGCCAUCCACCGAAUGCCAGUUAGGAACUGUGUCGGGUUCCGGUGUGGUUGUGCUCCUCUGGGGCAUCUUACAAAGGGAGACUCAGCCAAUCCUCAAGGUCUGGGGAAAUACCUCCUGCCGGGUUUGGACACUGCUGGCUGGUCUAGAUCAUCACUCAUUUCGGAAGAGCAAGAAACUGAGCCGCUGGAGAGAGAGCGCAAAGGGCAAUUCCAGGCUCUGAAGGCCACGAUGCUUCAAGUCCUGGUGGGGGCUGUCCUCCCCGCCGUGCUGCUGGCGGCCCCACCACCCAUCAACAAGCUGGCGCUGUUCCCGGACAAGAGUGCCUGGUGCGAGGCCAAGAACAUCACCCAGAUUGUGGGCCACAGCGGCUGUGAGGCCAAGUCCAUCCAGAACAGGGCGUGCCUCGGACAGUGCUUCAGCUACAGCGUCCCCAACACCUUCCCGCAGUCUACAGAGUCCCUGGUGCACUGCGACUCCUGCAUGCCGGCCCAGUCCAUGUGGGAGAUAGUGACCUUGGAGUGCCCGGGCCAUGAGGAGGUGCCCCGCGUGGACAAGCUGGUGGAGAAGAUCCUGCACUGCAGCUGCCAGGCGUGCGGCAAGGAGCCGAGCGCCGAGGGCCUGAGCGUCUUUGUCCAGGGCGAGGACGGGCCGGCCCCCCAGCCCGGCCCCCACCCCCACCCCCACCCCCACCCCCACCUGGGGGAGCAGACCCCGGAGCCCGAGGACCCCCCGGGGCCCCCCCACACCGAGGAAGAGGGGGCUGAGGACUGAGGCCCCCCCCGACUCUUCCUCCCCUCUUGCCCCCCUGUGGAAUGGUGGGCCUGCCUUCUGGGGGGAGGGAGGCGGAGAGGCCGACCCCCCUCCCCGCUUGGCACCGGAUGGACUUGGACUCAGGCUGGACUUGGAAUGCUGCCCUGUGGCCACGGGGAGCGGAAGGGAGGGGUUGGCACCACGCGGCACAGUCUAAUAUAUUCAGGAGUGGGGGGGGCGGGGGUCUCUUGUGGGGAGGGGAGUUCUCUUCCUUCUUUGCCUCCCAGAGAGGUGCCCUGGGAACAGGGAGGACAUUGGCUAAGCUGCUGAGGGGGGGUGAGGCCAGGCAGAUGCCCAGCGGCCCCUGGUGGGGCAGGGCCCCUGGGGUAGAUGCUGGGGGCCUCCCUGUACCCCCUGAGGGCAGGCUCCAGGCGCACACACCCAUGGUGGAAGGGGGGGAAUUCAGACCCCAUGACUGCUCCAUGGGCCUCCAGCCCCCUGCUGUCCCCAAGGCAGCACCUGCCCCGGCACUGAGGGACCCUCCCUCCCCCGUGAGUCAGGCCCGGGCCGGACCCUGCUGACUCACUGCUCCGAGGCUGGGGCUCUCUGCACCUCUGGCUUUCCUGGCUUGGGGGAGGGCUGGGGGGGGGAGUUGGGGGAGGGCAGAGCCUUCCUGGGCCCAGGGUUUCCCUCCCCCAGCCUGGAGUGUUCCCCACUGCCCCCCUUGUGCUGAGAGUGAUGGGGGAGGGGCUCCCCAGCUGGUCCCAGGGAGGGCACUGGGGCUGGGCAGCCUCGGGCGGCCCCUUAAGGAGCAAACCGAGUGCCUGCGGGGGCCAGCGUUCGCGGGGGCUCUCGGGGGACCCCCGCUCCUACCCGCCUCCUUGCCCCCAGCUGCACUUUAACACUCGAGGAGGGUCGGGCUCGCGGGCAGUAGGGUGCACCCCUCAGCACUCUGAGCGGCCUGCCCGCCCCACCCGCCCGGCCCGGGGCGCCCCUGCCUUCCCGCCCCUUCUGACAAGAGCUUCUGGAGCUUGUAACCAAUGGAUCGUCCCCCCAUGGAACCUGAGUUUUCUCAUGAAUAAACUCAUACCAGGCUUGUGUCUUC